CCUGUUAGUAAGCUUAGGGUAAAAUCUCACAACAUAAUGAGGGGUUCGAAGAAGAAUUAUAUAUUACACAAAUACGCACUAAACAAAUAUAAUUCCUGCCUAUUUAUUGUAGAUUUACAACCAGCUACUGGAUUUAUCCCACUGAGCUUUAACAGGUCUAAACGUCCUUCCGAAAUUCAGCAUUCUGGGCCAUCAUUAAAAAAAUCUCGGCAUGAAUUACAUGAAGUUGGAUCUUCAGAGCUUGUUAGUCGUGUUGAGACUCUUCUGGGAAGUGGCAAUGUUGCUGAGGCUGAAGCGCUCGUUGUUUCAGUGCUUCACCAUAUUAGAGAUAAAGCGACGUCUGCAUCCUCUAUCCCCGGCAUCUCUGGUGCCUCGCUUUCUCGUCCUGGUGGUGUUUCAACUUCUCGAUUGCCUCCCGCAUAUACAAUCGGUCUGUUAGUGAUUGCCAAACAUCCAAGCGGACCUUCUCUUCUCUCCCGUCCAGCCGUUUUGGAACAACUUUACAGUCUACUUACCCUUUCUAUCGGCAAAUCGCGCAUAAAUGUUUCUCCAGCGGGGAAUAUAUCAUCCAAAUCUCGCAAUAUUAAUGCUUUUGCUGCAAACCUCUUGUGGAUUGCUCUAAAAAAUCUACCAAAAUGGCCCGUAAAGCUGCUUAAGUUAUACUUAGAAGACAGUAUCUCAGAUCGAGCAUGGGUUGACCUGGAUGAAUGCAAAGCUCUUGUUCUCAAUAUCGAAACAGCAUUUCCUGCAGUUCAGGGUGAUCCACGAGGCCUCCUUCAAAUUCUCUCCACGGAUAAAACUCCUCCAGGCCUUCUCUCGGCUCUUAGAAUCCCUUCGUCAUCUUCCCUCAGUCCUGGUACUUCACAACAACAACAACAACAGCAGCAACAGUCAAGUUUUGUUCCAGCUUCUGCCUUCUCGAUGAGUAUUGCUGAGGCUGUUGCAGUAGCGAACACUACUCUCAGGCUAUCUCAAACGGCUAAAUUAAUAUAUGGCGAGGAUCCUGCAAAGUUAAUUUCACCUCGUUACGAAUCAAAUCGCUCGAUUGUUGAGAAUUUGAUUGUCGCAACGUUGCGUGACAAUCUUUCACGUCGUAGUCCUGCUGUUACUGGUGGUUUAUCCCAUGCGGGAGAUGUUGCUAUGGGUAGUUCUGCCUCGAACGACCACUUCCAGAUACGUUCUCUUCUUCGUACUAUUGGAUUAGCUGCUGGAAUUCCUGAAGUCCGUUCUCUUGCUGCUCAGAAACUUGAAGUCUGGUUUGCGAAUCCCAAACUUCAGGUUUUGGCUGCCGGUUUCUUUGCUAUUUUGACCCUCAAUUGCAAUCAAAGCACAAACUCAUUAUUUGAUAUCGAUUUUAUGGUUACUGUUAUCUUUCGUGUCCGGCAGAAGCUCUUCAAAAACACAAUUCAGGCAUCCUACCUUGAUAACAUUUGUCGGAUGGUUGAGGCUAAUCCAAACAAUCUAGAUGCUCUUAUUAAAAUAUGUCUGGCAAGUGAACUUCCGACGCUUUCUGCUAUCUGUGAAUCGUUUGAUCUACUCGCUAAACUGGCAUCCAAACAGCAGCAACCGAAUUUACCCAGCUCAGUUGUUUCCAGUGCGUCAAAUACAGCUAACCAACCUCAGGCCAGAUGCGUGGCUGAGAUAGUUAGAAAACUGGCUCCAACUCCAAGAGGAAGUGAAUCAGGGUCUUAUAGUGAUUCGCUUAACAACGUUGUUCAAAAUUCAAUAGAGUCUUUUGGCAAGGGUCAGAGCACGGUUUACGCCCUUCUACCUAGAUUACUUCAACACUAUCCAGAGAAGUGGACUGUUGUGCUUGGUGAAGUUCUCCACGAUCGUAUUAUUGAAGCCGUGGCAAAUCCAAACUCGCUUUCAUCUCAAAUAGCUGGACCCCUCCCACCUAGCCCCUCAGAAGAUGAACUAAUAAAUCACAUAAUUUUCCUCUUAAAACCCAUGCGAAAAUUCCUCCGAGACCUUACCAAUUGGAUUCGGGCAGCUGCUGCACUUCCUUCGUCAGUUGCCACUCCACCUACUGGUAGUAAUAGUAGUAUUAUGACGGAUUUCUUGCCAUGUGCGGAGAUUGGUUGCGUUUUGUUGGGUGCUGAUCGAGAACGAAACCCCCCUAUGCAGGAGUCGGCGGAAGCUGUUGUGCACCGAAUGUGGGAGCUGAGUGGUGGUCAGAACUUUGGACCUGUAACUCUUUUGAGAUACGCAUAUGGAGUUACUCAUAUCAUUUGUCAACUGCAGAUGAUCUCCAUCACACGAGCCCUCUCGAAUGAUACGCCAGUUCUCAAGAAAAAGGCGGAGGGGAAUACGGAUCCAAUAAAAGUGCAUCAUACAUGCAUUCGUCAAAUUCGAAGCUACUACUUGCGUUGGUUCCGAAACUUUCUACCGGCUCUCUUCUCCUCAAUCUCUAACAAUGCUCCUCUUUCCGAAGUCCUUGGUCCAGCUGUUCACUACGUCCACAAAUGCUUUUCUCGAGCUUCUUUCCUCGAAGUGACUUCUUUCUUCGACGCGUCUUCGAGCACUUCUACUCGUACGGCAGUUUUUCCACCAUUCUAUGCGGCAGAGGAUGUUUGGUCUACUGAGAAGAGUCAGAGGCAAGUGGAUGUUUUCCCUGUUUUUAGCACACAAGUCUGCCAUUUGACCUGCAUGCCUCUGUGGGAAAAACACGCUAUUAAUCUUCUUCGAUACGGUGUUGAUCUCCAACGUGUGCUUCUUGAUCCCAUGGACGCGGUUUCCAUUGUCUGUGAGCUUAUCUGGCGGGGAACUGCCUUUGCAUGCGAAAACAAUUCCGAGUCAAUGAACUUCACCAAGUUGGAUGAUUUAAUUAAUCUCCUUUUCAAGUGUUGUUAUUAUCGCUCCGACCCCGAUUUCCCCAGUGAAUUCGCAGAUUUGGCUCAUAGAGCGUAUUAUUGGAAGGUCACUAUGGCUCUGGUCGCCUUGGCAAUACACUCUCCAAGCACAUGUGGAACCUACUUUUGGAUCAAUUUUCCAACUGUUCGGAAGCUUAUGGAAAUGGUGAUCACCAAUGAUUUUACAAGCGAUGGAACGUCGGUUGAAUCCGAAUAUCUGAAUAUGGAGAUGGAGAACCAGUUGAUAGGGAGAUUAGAGACGUACCUAAGUGAAGAGGCAGCGACUGAAGUGAAUGGCAGAACUGCUGUACGCUUUAGUCUUGCGGGGAAAUUAGUGCGUUGUAACCCAAGAGGUGCCUGUAGACGACCACCUGAUGAAGAACUUGCCACUCUGAAACAACUCUCGUCUCGUCUAAAACUUCGUAGACGCCUCUGUUCUUGCCGGCAGCCUGAUUUCCUCUUGGAACUCAUUCUUUCUCAAUCUACAGAUCUGCCUCAACCAUGGGUUAUUCACUUAGUCGAGUCUCUAUGUCAGGACUUCACCACUUUGCCUCUUCAAUGCCUAGCGGAUUACAUUCUCCACGCUGCUAUUAAACGUAUUCGGAGUGCAGAGGAGAAAGACUUCACUGCGGGCACCCUCCUUGAAGACAAGUUCGACGUUCCAUCAAUUACAGAUCGACAACCAGUAGAAGGUCCACGACGUAAUCGUCUCGAUAGUACUGGUAGUACUCGAUCUAACACGGAAAAAUCUGCCUCUUUGGAUGAUAUGGAAAUGCGAUUCCUUCAUAUUAUGCAUCAUCUGCAAGAACAGGCGCAGAGCCCUGUCCCGGACUUGGCAGCAAUCGCUACCCAACUCGGCCCCGAAGCUGCAACGGCUCAACAACUUUUACUGGAUAGUGUGGUUGAGGCCAUACUUCAGUCAUUUGCUAGUCGUCUUAGGGAUUCUUCAUCUCUUAUCAGAAGAGCUGCUCGUUACUGUCUAACCCUCCUGGUUUCAAAAGAUCUUCCCGUUGCUUGUUCGAAGAUGUCCAUAAUGGCGGUUUCGAAUCAAUCUACGGAAGAAUUUCUCCUUGUACUUCAAUCUCUUCUUAGCCUUCCAGGUCUAUCUGUAGCACUUUCAUCUACUAGUCAACAGCAGCCACAAGGAUCACUAGAGUUCAUUCCCGGAAGUCGUGGAAUGCAUUUUCUAGAUCUAAUCUUGAAUGCCAUUCUUGUAGAGGAUGAAAUUGCUCCUCUCACGGCUUAUAUUCACUUUCUUGGACAACUUACGGAAAUUGGAUCUUUUGAAGUGAGCAUUAGUACCAUUACUGCUUUUUCAAAUGCACUUGUUCCUAUUAUUUACUACUUCGAUAACAAAAAAUAG